UAAUCAAAAUAAAAUUCAAGCAUGUUAUUGAAGCGAAGAAUAAAAAAUAAAAAAGAAUCAAAAUAAACUCAUCGCUGCGUCUUACUUACGACUGCUAUUAUAAUUAUCAAAUACAUUCUGAAUCAACGAGCAAAAACGAUUCUCUCUGGACUUUUUCUGCUCUGAAUGGCAGACAAGCCGAGCAAAGCUCUGGUGUUGUACGGUGAUGGGUUGGCCCGUUUCGUGCACUCAUCACAUACCCAUCUUCACUCUUUUGCAUCUAAAGCUUCUUGUGGCUUCCUGACUCUCCCUAAUGCACCUCCUUCAGAAAGCAAUGAUGAGCGAAGUGUUAGAGAGUUUGCAGUACUGCUCGAUGCAUGCCAAGCUUAUCUUGAUAUGGUGAUUGGACAUACCGAUGAAUUAGAAUGCCAGGAAAAAUUGGUAAUUCCAACUUUAUCCGACAGGUUCAUGGGAAUGAAAGCUGCUUUAAUCACAAACAAUUCAAGGUUGAAAUCUUUUGGUGGCAAACUUGGCUUCACUACAAUGCAAUUAAACGAGUUAAGUGGAGCCAAUGAUUCCCUUGCUGGUUUAUCGAUUGACGUUUUGGCCUUUGAGUUGCUGAAGUUGCUUGGAUUUCAAGAUGGGAAGAUGGUGGAUUCAAGCCAAUAUGAUUUAGUGUUUGUGCACAUUGCUGAUGAUGUGGACUAUAUUAAUUCUAUGGUUGGUAGUAUUUUGCAAAUAGCUCAACCUGGAUCCGAAGUUGGUUCCCGAUUGCACGUGUCUGUUCUUAUGAGCUAUGGGUGUGUCUCAGAAGCUGAUGGUUCCGAUCUCUCAGUUUUGAUUUCUAUGGACAAAAAAAAUUCUUUUCUUUCAAAGCUCAUUCCUCGUCAAAGUUACACCAUGAAAGGAGAAAAUCCUCGAAAUGAUGUCAGGCACCAUUCCCCGAUGUUAAUAUCUCAGAUGCAGUAUGCUGUGACUCGCAAAGAUAUGGCGGAUAAGUUUUCUUUUAAAGAUUUUAGAGAGCAUGGAUGUAAUCUGGCAAUACCAGCUGACAGAUUUCUGUAUGAGGUAGCAUUUAAGCUCUGGAAGGCCCCCAAGUAUGGAGCAUAAGAUGGGAAAUCUACUUGUCUGGGAUGAUCUCAAACUUUUUCAGUGAAAGGUAAACAAAGAGUUGUGCAGUUCCUGCUGAGACAAUUAUUUGUAUUGUUAUUUAUGCUUUCAACUUGCCAAAUCGGUCUUGGUAUAAAGAGAGUUUUAUACUCAUUUGCCCACAAUGACGAUGGCCAAAUAAUGCCAGUGAUCUUGUUGCAUUUUUUGCUUUAAUUCUGUAAGCUGUCAUCCUAUUAAAUAUAUUAAGAAAUGGACAUCAUGAAUUCCAUUCUGUAA